UGCCAUCUUUGAUUCUGCUAUAGGCCGCAGCGGGAGCCGCUCGGUCUCUCCGAAACAAAUAAAGAAAUAAGAACAACGUGAAGGAAACAAAGACACGUCUCAGGAAAGGGAGGAUUACCGAGCGCUUCACCUCCACACAGAAAGGGGAAGACGCUGAUAUAUAGAGAGCGGCUGAGGAGAAACUGCAGACACCAUUGUAAUUCACCCCCUGCACUCCCUCCAAACACAGAAAGAAAGAAAGAGAGAGAAAAAAAGAAAGAAAGAAAGGCAGGCUGAGGGGUGUCACCUGCCUGGACUGGGGGAGUCUUCACCACACCGAGCAGGACAAGAAGAGGAGAGGGACCGGCAGAGAGAGGAGGCUGGUUCUGAGGGUGAGGCCGGAGGUACCAGACUCAAUGAGUUGCCAUCGACAUGUCCGAGAAGUCAGGCCAGAGCGCAAAGGCAAAGGAUGGGAAGACCAAGUACGCGACCCUCAGCCUCUUUAACACAUACAAGGGAAAGCCGCUGGAGACCCAGAAGACUGCAGUAGCUGCCAGGCAUGGGCUCCAGAGCCUGGGCAAGGUGGCCUCCAACAGGCGCAUGCCACCUCCAGCCAACCUGCCGAGCCUGAAAGCGGAGAACAAGGGGAAUGAUCCCAACGUGAACAUCGUUCCCAAGGACGGGAGCGGCUGGGCGUCGCGGCAAGACCAGCCCGGGGAGGAGCGGCCCCCGGAGAUACCCACACCCCCACCCAAACCAGGGCCCCCAGCCCCCCAGGAGGUAGCCAGUGGGGCCAGCCGGUCCUGGGGCAGCAGUAAGCUGGUGGGGCAGGGAGAUGGUGGCCCCCGGAUAAACAGCCACUUCCAGCAGGAGUUUCCUAGUCUGCAGGCAGCAGGGGAGCUGGAGAAGCCCGGGUCGGACAAGGAGCAGCCAGAGGAGCCCUAUGGACCGGGGCCCAGCCUGCGACCUCAGAAUGUUGGCAGCUGGAGGGAGGGCGGUGGAAGGAACCUGAGCAUGGCCGGCUCCGAGCCUGACGUCGGAGCCCCUUCAGCGGAGGAGGGAGGCAGUAGCACCCCCUCUCCCACCCCGGAGCAAGCCGAGCCCUGCAGGGCAGCGAGCGAGCAGCGGGAAGGAAAGAGGGAGGGCAGGGAGAGGCUCCCCUACAGCACCCAGCCUCCUCCGCAGGGGCUCGGCCAGGUCAAACUCAACGGGGGGCAGCCGUCGCCACUGGGAGUGCCUCCACAGUUCCACCCCCAGUUCAGAGGCAUCAUGCCCCCCUAUAUGUUCCACGCCUAUCCCCGCAUGCCCUCCCUACCGAUGCAGGGCCCUUGCAGGUACCCGCUCCCUCCACAAGAAGCUGGGAAAGGCCUCAGGGCUGCCGGUCGAGCCCCACAGUCGUGGCCCCAGGACGGGGUGGACAGGCCCUCCAUCAUCAGUGCCACAGAGCUCAAGGAGCUGGACGUUCUGGACACAGAUGUGGACGAGGGCUGGGCUGGAGCCCAGAUGGAGGUGGAUUACACAGAGAAGCUCAACUUCAGCGAUGAUGAGGAGAACCAGGCCAACAAAGACAAGGGAGACAACUGGGAGUGGAUGCGCACCCGGAGUUCGCAGUGCUCCGAACGGUGGAAGGAGGGAGAGGGGUCCUGGGGCGAGAGUGCUGCUCCUGCACCCCUUUCACCCAACACCAGGGGGCAGCACAGCAAGACCAGCCAGCCCCUGGAGUACCAGUCUGCAGGCCGCCCCCCAGCAGUAGCAGCUGCAGCAGGAGCACCGUCCCGGGGGAAGCUGCAGGCAGUGACAGGGGCCCCUGAGUCUGAGGACUCGGAGGCAUGGAGGCUGAAGCGCAAGAAGCAGACGGAGCCUACCGAGGCCGUGGAACGGGCGCGGCGCAGGCGCGAGGAGGAGGAGCGGAGGAUGGAGGAGCAGCGGCUGGCAGCCUGCGCGGAGAAACUCAAGAGGCUCAACGAGAAAUUCGGCACCCCGGCCGUCGCCACCGCCGCGGCAGCGUCUCCAGAGAGGCAGGCACCGGAGGCACAACCAGCACCCGCUCCGGAAGAGAGCGCAGAGAAAACGACGACGACCGACAUCCAGCCCCAGCCCUUACCCGAGCCCCAGCCUCCACCCCGGCCACGCUCUCAGGAGAGAGUCCCGUCUGAAGAGCAGGAGGAGGAGAAGGGGGCGGUGAUAGUGACUGCACCCCCUCUGCCAGAGACAGUAGGCAGGGAGGUGCAGGUGGAGAACGAGGCCCCUGCCUCGAUGGAGACUGCCCCAGAGGGAGAGGGCAGGAGAGAGUGCUUCAACAGUGAGGAGGCUACUAGAGCCGAGGAGCGCCCUGUGCUGCUUCCUCUGGACCCCCCUCGCAGCGAGGACCCCCCAGCCCUGACCCCCGAGAGUGGGGAGGGGGAGUCUGUCCACUCGCGUCCCACCCUCCCCUCCGGAUACUCCAAACAGUUCCAGAAGUCCCUGCCCCCACGCUUUCUGAGACAGCAGGAGCAGAUGAAGCAGCAGCAAUGGCAGCAGCAGCAGCAGGCAGCGUCGGCAGCUCCCCUUUCCCCAGGGGCCCCGGCCCCCCCUCCCCAGCACCGCUCCCUCUACCAGCCCCUGGGGCCACACCAGCAGCACCUGGCCUCCAUGGGGUUCGACCCCCGCUGGCUCAUGAUGCAGUCCUACAUGGACCCCCGCAUGAUGUCGGGGCGCCCCCCUGCUAUGGACAUGCCCCCCAUGCACCCAGGGAGGAUGCCUCACAAGCAGCUGCUUAGGAGAGACCAGGUGGAGGGCGCUGGCUCCGGGUCCGACUCGUUUGAUCACCUGGCACGGCCUGUCAGAGACCACGGGCUGCCCGCGGAGCCCCGUAUGGUGUGGGGGUCUGAGCCGUACCCCCAAACAGAACCCCAGUCCGCUGCUACAGCCCCCAAAGUACAAGAUGAUCCCAAGGAGCCCAGGUCAGAGGCGGGGGUCGAGUUGGAGAGGCGCACUCCCACAGAGACCAGUCCCCUCAAACCCAGGACCAAGACAGACUGCUUCAGAGACCUGAUGGAGCACGAGGGCAGCAGCUUCAGCAGCCGAGCCACUGAGGACCUAGCGGGCCCCCUGCAGACUGAGAAAGGUCCCGGGGUGCCUGGGUUCGAGCCCAAGGAAGGGAGCCUGGCCCCUGCAGAGGAGACUCUGGGUGUGCCGGGGGAGAGCCCUGCGGCUCUGAAGAGGAGCGCGUCUCAGGGCUCCAGCCACUCUGUAAAGCUGGAGGAGCCCAGCUUUGAGGCAGCCUCCAAACCACAAGCCAAGGAGACGGCCGACCGCCCCGAGGACAAGCACAGGAAGGAGCCCUUUUCUCUGGGCAGCAGCAGCAGCAGCAGGACCAUCCCGCCAGCCGAGGGCCUGCCCAAAACAGACAAGCCGCCCAAAUCAAAAUCUGAGACGCGCUGGGGUCCUAGGCCGGGGGCCAGCAGGAGGGAGGGGCCCGGUGGAGAGCGACCGCUCCGCAGAUCGGGGCCCAUCAAGAAGCCUAUCCUGCGGGACAUGAAGGAGGAGAGGGAGCUGAGGAAGGAGAAGGAGGAGCGGCAUGAGAGAGGAGGGGGGAGGAAGGAGGGACCCAAAACAGAGAGCCAGAAAGCACCUGCUGGCGACGGGGUGAGGAGAGAGCCCCCUGCCUUGGCUCUUGAUACUUGGGAUACAGCGAGCGCAGGGAAGCCCGGGGGGGCUCUGGGGCCACCACUGGGGCCAACAGCUCUUGAGGAGAAACAGGAGAAGCAGCCACUGCCUGCCGUUGAGAAAACCCACCCCGAGACACCCAGGCCAGCCUCCAGGAAGGAAUCGAACCUGCCGCUGAGGGCUUACCCGAGAGAAGACAGGGACCAGGACCGGGUUCAAGAUAGGGAUAGGGACCGUGACCGGGUUCAAGAUAGGGAGAGGGACCGGGUUCAAGAUAGGGAGAGGGACCGGGUUCAAGAUAGGGACAGAGACCGGGACCGGGUUCAAGAUAGGGAGAGGGACCGGGUUCAAGAUAGGGACAGGGACCGUGACCGGGUUCAAGAUAGGGAGAGGGACCGGGUUCAAGAUAGGGAGAGGGACCGGGUUCAAGUUCAAGACAGAGACCGGGUUCAAGACAGGGACAGAGACUGGGGCCCAGAGCCAGGCUUCAGGGGCCACGGCAGGGGGGAGUACUACUCUCGUGGCCGCAAUUUCAGAGGCAGCUACGGGGGCCGGGCAAGGGCUAGCAGAGGCAGGAGUAGAGGGGAGUACCCCUACAGGGAGCCCCGGCCGCGCUCGGACCUGCCCCUCGGCUCGGCCGCCUCGUUCCGACGGCGGGAAGAGAGCGAGACGCGCAGUGAGAGCUCCGACUUCGAGGUGAUUCCCAAGAGGAGGCGCCGGCGUGGCUCCAACACGGACUCGGAGAGCGAGGCCCGGGACACAGCCAGCGACACUGGGGCCUCCGACAGGGAGAGCAGCAGCAAGGCCAGGCCGCUGCGCAGAGAGGACCUCAGGAGGAUUUUGAAAACAGCAGCAGUCUCCUUCCGCCCUCCUCCUCCUCCUUACACUGCACAGCCCGGCUCCAGGGAGCUUCGAGAGGAUGAUGGGGGGCGCCCCAAGCCAGGCUUCCUCCCCAGAGUGGAGCCCUCCAGGCGGGGCAGGGGAGCAGGGAUGUACAGGAGGGCUACUGGAAGGGAGAGAGGCCCACCCAGGUCGGCUCCAGUGAGACGUCUGGGGCUGAAGGAUUGCCAGUGGCCCUCAAAGCCUAUGGAGACAUUCAGGCCGGAGGGGGAGAGGUUGGAGCACGGCCAGGGGCUGAACUCGGAACGACGGCCGCUCAGGUUCGAGGGGAAGAAGUACCCGGAGCCCAUCCGGGAGAGGCCCAGAAGACAGAGGCCAGCCCGGCCGCCCAGACAGGACAAGCCGCCCCGCUUCCGCAGGCUGAAGGAGAGGGAGGCGGCAGCGGCCGAGGCAGGGGGGGGGCCCGGCAGGGCCAUACCCAGCGGCCCCCUGGACGACACAGCGGCAGCAGUAGGGGUCUCUGAGACAGCAGGGAGCAAGUCCCCCGACCUGUCCAAUCAGAACUCCUCCGACCAGGCCAACGAGGAGUGGGAGACGGCCUCCGAGAGCAGCGACUUCAACGAGCGCAGGGAGCGCAAAGGCGAGGCAGCCACAGCCUCUCAGGGGGCCCUGCCCAAGGGCACAGGCUCAGAGGGGGGGGCCACGCCCAAGCGAGAGGCCCUCACCGCGGCAGCCAAGAGGAGCUUCUCCAGCCAACGCCCCGGAGUGGAUCGGCAGAACCGACGUGGCAACAGCGGGCCCAAACCUGCUCGGGGCUACGGUGGGGGAAGGGGAGAGCGCAGAGGGCCCGGGGGCAAGCCGGGGCGCAGAGGCACUGUAUCCCAGCAUCCAGACCAGCACUCCUGCUUGGCUCAGCGGUCUGGGAAGGACCCGUCCGGGAGGCUCAAGGAGGAGGCCAAGAAACCCAAGGAGAAGGUGGAUGCGCUGUCACAGUUCGACCUGAACAACUAUGCCAGCGUGGUGAUUAUCGAUGACCACCCAGAGGUGACCACGCUGGAGGACCCCCAGUCCAACACCAUGGACGACGGCUUCACAGAGGUGGUGUCGCGCAAGCAGCAGAAACGACUCCAGGACGAGGAGCGGAGGAAGAAAGAGGAGCAGACUGUGCAGAACUGGAGCAAGAAGGGUUCAGGUGAAAAGGGCCGAGGCGGGAGCUCCAAGCUGCCUCCCAGAUUUGUGAAGAAGCAGCAGCAGCAGAAACAGGCAGCAGCAGCGGCUCAGCCUCGGAGCCAGACUCCCCUGCAGCCUGCACCCCAGCCUGUCGAGGGGGCUGUCCCACCACCCAGCAGCAGCAGUGAGUUCCCCGGCCAGGCCAAGGGACUGCCUGCCAGCCAGCCUCACAGCACCCUCGGCACAGAGCUCUGGGAAAACAAGAUGACCUCAUCCGCCGUGCUCACAGACAUGACUAAGAAACUGGGACCCAUCAGCCCUCCCCAGCCUCCCUCUGUCAGUGCCUGGAACAAGCCCCUCACAUCAUUCAUAGGCGCUGUGGCCCCGGAGCAGGGGGCAAAGCCUGGCCUAGACACAGGUGUGGAGAUGGGCAUGGAGAGCAUCCAGUUUGGGGCUCCUUCGUCCUCGGGCAGCACGGACAGCGACUGCACCCCGACUCUGCUGGAGAAGGGCCCCGAUAACAAACUCCCAGAGCCCAAGGAGCAGAGGCAGAAGCAGCCGCGCGCCGGGCCCAUCAAGGCACAGAAGCUGCCAGAGGUGAGCCUCCCAGAGAAUAAGGAGUACAAGCCGGGCCCCAUCGGGAAGGAGCGCUCGCUGAAGAACCGCAAAGUGAAGGAUGUCCGCCAGGCUGAGAGCGAGGGGCCCGACAAGUCGGGUCCGGGGGCCACCAGGAGCCCAGACCCCCACUCCCCUGCUAAGGACAGCAAGGGGGUCCCGGAGCUGGACUCUGACAUGGAGAGCAUGAUCUCUGUGUCCACACCCGAGUUUGGAGCCAGCAGCAAGGAAUCCGUGACAGAUUACACCUCUCCUUCCUCUUCACUGGCAGAGACAGUCUCCAAGGGAAGCAGCAAGAUGGAGGAGAGCCUGGUCUCCAGUGUGCCCUUGCCCCACACCCUCCCCCUCCCCAGGAGGGAGACUCUGCAGCAGAGCUCCAGCCUGACUCAGGUCUCUCCCGCUACCGUUGACUUCACUCUCAAGAUGGAGUCUGCGCGGAAGGCCUGGGAAAACUCCCCCAGCAUGGGUGAGAAGAGUUCCCCGGUGACCUCGUCCGCCCCCCCCAUCGCCAGCGGCGCCGGAGCCAACAGCGCCACCUACAGCUCCUUCUCCAGCGCAUCCCUACCUCCAAUCCCAGUGGCCUCCGUCACGCCCACCACCUCCCUCCAGGUGUCUUCAGUGUCUGUCUGCACGCCCUCUCCCCCAGGCUCUGGUACCUACACCACAGCCUCCCUGAGCACCAAGACCACCAGCACCUCCGACCCUCCCAAUAUCUGCAAAGUGAAGCCCCAGCAGCUCCAGAGCAGCAGCAUGGCCUCGACGGCACACUUCUCCCCGCUGGGCUGCAUCCCCUCCCUGCUCGCCCCCCAGCAGCAGCAGCAGCAGCAGCAAGCCCAGCAGGUCUUCGUCUCCCAGUCUGCAGCAGGUUCUGCUGCUCAGAUCCCUGCCUUCUACAUGGACACGAGCCACCUGUUCAGCACACAGCCCCCGCGCCUGGGCCACCCCUCGCUGGCACAGCAGCAAGGCUUCCAGCCUGGACUCUCUCAGGUUUGGGACGGCUCUCCUCAGACCCAGUCUCGAUUGUUUGAUUUUCCCUUGCAGCCCACUGCGGUCCAGCAGAUCCCCAUCCCCAUCUACGCCCCCCUCCAGGGCCAGCACCAGGGCCUGGGCACCGGCCCGCCGGUCUCACAGGCACAGGAGCUCUUCAGCACCUCCCUGCACCAGCCCUACAGGUCCCAGCAGGCGUUCUUGCAGAACAGCCUGUCUCAGCCCUCGCCGGUGGUUCUGUCUGGGGCUGGCCAGCACUCCCCCAUGAUGCUGUCGGGGACCGCGCUGCACAGCUACCCCGGCGUGCAGCCCUCCGAUCUCAGCAAGGCUCAGUCUGGCCUGGCCUUCCAGCAGACCUCCAGCACCCAACACAUCCCCAUCCUCUUCGAGCCCCAGCUCAACCAGCCGUCCGGCCUGGGGGGCUCGCAAUUCAUGGACACCCACACACACCUCUUACAGGCACGCCAGGGACUGAGCCAGCCCUCCAACUUGUACUCUGGGCAGCCUGGCCAAAGCAGCUACUACAGCUCCACACAGUCUGCCAGCUCUGCCCUGCAGCAGGUAAACGUACCCACACACUCGCACACGGGCCAGAGCAGCUUUUACAGCACCAGGCAGUACCCCAGCCCAGCCGUGCAGCAGAUGACGGUGUCUCUCCCGGGCUCCCAGCUCUCCCUUUCUAACUUUGGCUCGACGGGGGGCCACCAGCCCCUCAUCGCGCUGCCCCAGUCCAUGCAGCCGCAGGGCCCCCAGGCUCAGGCACAGAGCCUCAGCAGACAGGCUCAGCUCAAUCAGCCUUUCCGGGGGCUCCUGAACCAGAGCCAGCACAGCAUGAUGCAGGCUUCCAGCAAGGUGUGUGAGGUGGACCUGAAGCUGUUUGGCAGUGGGAUGGAUAUGAAGCCUGGGACCCCUCCGAUCAGUGCCAGGAGCACCACCCCCACCUCCGGCCCCUUCAGGGCCAGCUCCACCAGUCCCAGCAGCCAGUCCAGUAAGAUGAACAGCAUUUUGUACCAGAAGCAGUUCCAGUCUGCAGCGGCGGCGGCGGCGGCGGCAGGGGUUCGAAUGCCCCCGCACUUCCAGGCACAGUUCACACCGCAGAUGAUGUCUCAGCCCAGCCUGGUGCCUCCCAUGGUGAGGCCUCCCCAUGGCAGUUCUUUCAACCCGGGGGUGCAGCGGACGUCUGUGGGUCCCCCAAUGUCCCCCUCCCUCAUGAGUCACCCCCGCCCACAGUACAUGAGCCGUGGGCCCCCUGGGUCCCCCAUGGGACCCCGCGGAAACCAGGCCUUGCUCAAGGCAGAGCAGGAUCUCAAGGCGAAGCAGCGCGCUGAGGUGCUCCAGUCCACUCACAAGUUCUUCUCUGAGCAGCAGCAGCACAAGCCCGCUCUGAGCAAACCCUCCGACGGGAGCCAACAGCCCUCCGAGAGCUUCGCACCACAGCCCCUCUCCCUGGGGCACGAGGGGGAUAAGGGGUCCUCCCAGUCCCCCUCCUUCACUACCCCCGGCUCCAAACCUGUCCGGACCGGGCCCAUCAAACCGCAGGCCAUCAAACCAGAGGAGACCAAAUAACAGGAGGAGGAGGAGGAAGAGGAGGACCGCACUGCGCCUUUCAGACAUGAAGGGGAUGUUAAUGAAGACUGUAGAGAUUCAAGAACACUGUCGCAUCCACACUUGCACACUCACACAUACAAUGAAACUCCUUUCACUGAGGCAGACCCUGGGAUGAGAGUUGAGGCUGCAUUGUGUGCAGAAGGAGAUCUCCUGGCCAGGCCUGUGAGUCUGUCUCUCUCUCUCUCGUCUUUUAUAUUCACUUCUAGUUACUAUUACGAAUGCUCCUUCCUCUAUUGGUCCUGCCUGAUUUGGCAGACUGGUAUCCCCAAGUACUGAGUGACCCCAUUGGCACUGUACAGAGACACAUUGGAGCAGCCAUGCUCGUUCUCUUUCGUUUGUACAGGGUUAAUCGCUCUAUUCACUAUGUACCGUCUUACUUGCAUUAUCUGUUUGUUUUUUUUUUGGUUUGAUUACAGAAACUAAUAAAAUAAUAAGCUGUAAACAGA